UUUCCUUCUUAGGUUAUGGUCACUGUAAUAUCACGUGAUUUUAGUGAAAGUCCACAAAGUCAAUGAGUGAUAAAAAAUAUAAACUGUCAUAAAAAUGAUUUUUUGUCACAUAUUAUGGUACUUUAAAAACGUCAUAUUAAGUAAGAAACUAAUACAAUUUAAAAAAUUAAUAACUUGAAUGUUUAGUGUACUUAUUUAUAAUUACAUUAUCAUCUUAUUUAUAAAUACAUUAUACUUCGAUAUAUUUAUAUGCCAACAACGGAAGAUAAAUUCAUUUUAAUGUAAUAUUGUAAUUAUUUUACAAUGUUUGCUAAUUUGGAUAAAUUAUUAUUUAUAUGGCUUUUAUUAUGCCAUUUAAAUCUGAGUUUACAAUCAACAUCUAAGGAAAAUGUUACAUCAUUAAAUGAGCAUGUUAAUAUUGAUAAAAUAAAACAUUUGCCCAUAAAUGAAUCAUUAAAAACUGGCGAAAAUAGCAACAAUACUCUGUCGAAUGUAAAGUUAAAAGAAUUACUUGAAGAUAAUCGAAUGACUACAUAUGAUUUGAGUAAUAAUUCGACACAGACUACAAUAAUAAAGCUAGAAACAAAUGAAACUCAUAUUACAACAACGCAAAAGUCACCGAAAGUGUCGGUAAAUACAGAAAAAGAUCAGAAAGAUGCUAUAACUGACAGUUCAUUAUCCAGUGAAUCUUCAAAUAAAUCAAACAAAACAAUAAAUAUCAAAACAACAACCGCUGUUCCUAUUGAGCCAAUUUUACCUGAUAAAGAGUCAGCAGAGGAAGAACACAAUAGUUCUAUGUCUAUAUUUUUUGUACUAUGUGUAUUAGCACUUGGUAUUUUGCUCAUACAUUUAAUGUUACAGACAAAUUUUCAGUAUUUACCUGAAUCAGUAGUAAUAGUAUUUCUUGGAGCAGCUAUUGGAAUGUUUAUUAAUUUAAUGUCACAUCAAAAUAUAGCUAAUUGGAAAAAAGAGGAAGCUUUUUCACCAACUGCAUUUUUUCUCUUUUUAUUACCACCGAUAAUAUUUGAAUCAGGAUAUAAUUUACAUAAAGGUAAUUUUUUUCAAAAUAUCGGAAGUAUUUUAGUAUUUUCCAUAUUUGGUACAGCCAUAUCAGCCUUUGUCAUUGGAGUUGGAAUAUACUUACUGGGUCUUGCACAAGUUGCAUAUAAAUUAAGUUUCGUUGAGAGUUUUGCAUUUGGUUCUCUAAUUUCUGCAGUUGAUCCUGUGGCAACUGUUGCUAUUUUUCAUGCUCUAGAUGUUGAUCCUGUACUCAACAUGUUAGUGUUUGGAGAAUCAAUUUUAAAUGAUGCAAUAGCAAUUGUUUUAACAACAUCAGUUUUAGAAUCAAAUAAUGGUGCAACAACUGGAGAAGCUAUUAUUCUUGGAUUAAAUCGAUUCUGCUUAAUGUUCUUUGCUUCUGCUGGAAUUGGUGUAGUAUUUGCACUUAUAAGUGCUUUAUUAUUAAAACAUGUAGACUUACGGAAAAAUCCUUCAUUGGAGUUUGGAAUAAUGUUAGUAUUUACUUAUGCUCCAUAUGUCUUAGCUGAAGGGAUCCAACUAUCUGGAAUAAUGGCUAUUUUAUUUAAUGGAAUAGUUAUGUCUCAUUAUACUCACUUCAAUUUAUCAACAGUUACACAAAUUACAAUGCAACAAACUAUGAGGACCCUAGCGUUUAUUGCUGAAACGUGUGUUUUUGCUUACCUGGGUCUUGCAUUAUUUAGCUUCCGGCAUCGUGUGGAACCAGCUUUAAUUAUAUGGUCAUUAAUUCUUUGUUUAAUUGGACGAGCAGCUAAUAUAUUCCCAUUAGCAUCACUUGUUAAUCGUUUUCGUGAACAUAAAAUAACACGAAAAAUGAUGUUUAUUAUGUGGUUUAGUGGAUUACGAGGUGCCAUAUCUUAUGCUCUAUCAUUGCAUCUUAACUUUAGUGAAGAAACUCGUCAUGUUAUUAUCACUACUACAUUGAUAAUUGUUUUAUUUACAACAUUAUUUUUUGGAGGAUCUACAAUGCCAUUACUUAAAUUUUUACGCGCUGAGAAAAAGCAAAACUCUAAUAGUAGAAGAAAGAAACGUGAUAAAGAAAUUUCUUUGAGUAAAACUAGAGAAUGGGGACAAACGAUUGAUUCAGAGCACUUAUCAGAAUUAACUGAAGAAGAAAUGGAAGUAUCUUUUAUGCAAUCACGAAUACGAGGAUUCGCUCGUUGGGAUUUAAAAUUUUUCAUUCCAUUUUUCACAAGACGUUUUACUCAACAAGAAUUAAAAGAUUGUAAAUCACAGAUGACUGAUUUGACUAAUCAAUGGUAUCAAGCUAUUAGAAUUAGUCCAGUUGAAUCCGAUAAUGAGUCAGAAGCCACAGUCAUUUCUAAUACACACAUGAAUGGUACUAAUUCUACGUUAGACAAUACAAAUGAAAACUAUCAACAACAUGUGGAUAAAAAGAACCAGUCAAAUCAUAGAUCAAUAUUAAUAAUAUAAUUUUAUAGCUUCAACACAUAUUUAUCGAAAAAUUAUCUUAAGUAAUUGCUCAUAUGUGAUCCAUUUUUUAUCAAAAAAAAGUUAUUCUGUAUGUUUCAUACAAAAUUAAAGAUUAUUUGUUUUUAAGUAAGUUGUUGGUUUAUAACUGAAGUAAUAUUUUGUAGUACAAGUAUUUUCAUAUAAAUAACAUAACAUGUAUUUGUUGAAAUUCUUCAAGAUUUUCAUAUGUAUAUACACGGUUAUUUUAAUUUCUCUUAAAUAGUUUUGUUUUUAAAGAUGGCUAUAACAGAAUUGAAUAAUUUUUAUCUAUUUUAUGAUGAAAUUUAAUUAUAUUUAUAUGUUAUAACAUGUACCAAAGUUGAUUAUUACUUAGCACUAAAGCAGGAAGUAAACAAUAAAUAAUUUUCA